AUUAUUUUUCCUUAUUAUAGGGAGGAUGAGGAUUACAUUGAAGACACACCAAUUUAUGGUAACUUAGAUACCAUGGUCUCAGAACCAAUGGAUGAAAAUUGCUAUGAACAAAUGAAAGCCCGACCGGAGAGAUCUGUGAAUCAACUGCAAGAAGCCACGGCACCUGCACAGGCAACCAAUGAGGCACGGAUGUUCUACGCCUCACUGGCUCCCAGCCAGGAGAGGAAGCACAGGAAGCCCAGGAAACACGAUGCUUAUUUGUCAGACAAGGAUGGAGAUGAGCAGUUACACGCAAGGAAGGCCAGCCUUUCUAAGACCUCUUUGGUAGACAGUUUCCCGCCGGAGAGCCAGGCAGUAGAGGAAGACAUUCAUGAUGAUCCCAUCAGGCUGUUCGGACUGAUUCGUGCAAAGAAAGAACCUACAAACCAGAUGGACUAUGAUCUAGCUCAAUGAUUGGCUGUUAUUGGAGAUAGUUGUUAAAAAGAACAAAAUCCCCGUAC